AAAUCCAUUGAAUAAGUACUUAUCAACGUACUAGGGAUCAUAUAAUCACCGUAAGACCUUCGAAAGUAAUGUCACAGAAGGGUCACGGUCCCAUGUCUGAAAUCAGUAAAAGGAUAAAAAUUCAAAUGAUGUUGGGACUAAUUUUAAACGCUACAUGAUCAAAUGUCUACAUAUAGAGACAAUACUGAUUUGAACGGCCAUCUCUAGUUAAAAGUCUGUAGUUAAAAGUCUAUCUCAAGUUAUUAAUAGAAGUCUGUUUCUAAUUAGAUGCGUAUUCAAGUUAAAACAAUUCUCAAACAGUUCCAAACUAACUCCUAUCCUUACAUUCACACACACACACACACACAUGUAUGGAAACCUACUUGUAACUAAUGGAAACAAAAGACUACGUCCUAAUCCCAAGACAAAAAAAAAAGAAAGAAACAUCUCUCACCUAGCUGUCCACCAGAUAUCAUCCUCACUCAUAACAUCUGAAAGUUGAGGAACAACUGAAUAAUUUGGUAACUAAACUGAAUUGAUUUUGAAUUACCGGGAGACUACAAAACAUACUCAUCAACAUUGUAUAUCGGAAAAUCUGGCAAAUGGAUUUGAAAAAGUUUGUCAGCUCAUUGGUUUCAGGCUCCAAAACAUUCAGAGUAGAUUCAUUAAGUGAAACACCGGAUAAGGCAUGGGAAAAAUAUAAGAAACACUUACAUAUUGAAAAAGUAGAUCCCCUAAGUUUGAUCCAUACAAGGGACCCAGAUAAAUAUCUACGGUUUGUUUGUAUUUCUGACACCCAUUGCAACAUAGAGAAACAGAAGAAUUUUGUGCCAGAAGGCGAUGUUUUACUUCAUGCAGGAGACUUUUCACACUGCGGACGCUUGUCAAACAUCAAAAAAUUCAAUGAUUUUCUCGGAUCUCUACCUCAUCAAUAUAAAAUAGUCAUUGCUGGAAAUCAUGACAUAAGUUUUGACACAGAUUUAUUAAAAAAACCACAGUAUAUUUUCAAGAAUGAUAUUGAGAAAGACCUCAAGGAUUUACAAGUUGAGUCAGCAAAAGCUUUUCUUACCAACUGUAUUUACUUGGAAGAUUCUUAUGUGGAUAUCCAUGGUUAUAAGAUCUAUGGUUCUCCUUGGCAACCACUUUUUUGCAACUGGGCCUUCAAUCUACCCCGAGGUAAGGAACUGCUGGAAAAAUGGAAUCUUAUCCCUGAUGAUGUGGACAUCUUAAUGACACAUGGACCACCUCUGGGUUAUGGAGAUCUUUGCAGAUCUGGCUUGAGGGCUGGUUGUGUUGACCUCCUCAACACCAUUCAGAAGCGUGUCCAACCAAAAUUUCAUGUUUACGGACAUAUUCAUGAAGGUUAUGGCAUCCUGACUAAUAAGAUGACAACAUUCAUCAAUGCUUCAAGCUGUACAAUAAACUAUUGCCUCACAAAUCCACCCAUUGUAUUUGAUCUCCCCUUAUACAAGUCUGAGGCAUCUUAACAUUACAGAAAACGCUUACAUUUCCACUCUUCUUUCUUUCAAUUCAUAUAGUUAUUUAAUGUUAAACGUUUUUGUUAGGAUUUUUGUUAAACUGUUUUAUAUUCAAUUUUUCCAAGUUGCAAGUCAGAUUGUAACACAAAUCCAGACAUUUGCAUUAAUUUUUGAGAGCAAAUGUUUCAUAGCCAGUUGUCUUUCCUAUCAUCAAUAUAAACCAUUCACUUGUGAGGAGAGGGUAACACAAGAAAAACCAGUAAUAUUUAGUUUAACCCUUCAGUGUUUAAACCUGUUUUGUGUUUCAAACUGGUCAGAUCUAGCUUCUACCUAUUCAACAAUAUCAUUUUGAAUACAGACAGUUACAUCAUCAAAAUAUCAAAGCUACAAGAUAAUACAUAAUUAAUUGAAAAUGACGUGAAUAGAUAAACAUUACAUUUGACAGUAAAAUGAAUGCUGAAGGGUUAAACAAUCAACAUGAUUUUAUGUUUAGGGAGAGUCAUUAUGCCAAUAUAAUUAACUUAACACACACACUGGUUCAAAUCCACUCAAUUGGUUAAAUAUCCAAUUGUUUUGUCUUUUGUUUGUCAAAGCUCUUUCAUUGCUACUUGCAACUUUUUCAAUAACUACCGACUUAGCCUGUUAUAGAGGCUGUGUUUGUUUGUUUGAGAUCUUGCUGCAUGUGAGCCUGCAUGCACUUAUGCUAGUGUAUUGGAAAGGCUGCAAAUAGUAAUGAAAGAGCUUUGACAAACAAAAGCAAAACAAUCAGAUAUUUAACCAACUGAUUAAUAAUAAAUGAGUGGAAUCGAACUAGUGUGUGUGUGUGUGUGUUAAUUAUAUUGGCAUAAUAACUCUCCCAAGACACAAAAUUUAUUUCAACACAAAUUCACAUAGAGAAUCUUGCAAACCAGAUGCAAAAAUGAAACCAACAUGGUACAUUACCAAUAAUGCAUUUUCCAUCAAGAGUUAUUAUAAAACUGUUAUAUCAGUAGAAAGUAGCAUUAUAUUUCAUGAAUUGUUUGUUACUUGUGGUAAGUAGCUUGCUUACCAAGCACAUGGUUCUGGGUUCAGUCCCACUGCGUGGCACCUUGGGCAAGUGUCUUCUACUAUAGCCUCGGGCUGACCAAAGCCUUGUGACUGGAUUUGGUAGUCGGAAACUGAAAGAAGCCCGUCGUAUAUAUAUAUGUAUGUGUGUCUGUGUUUGUCCCCCCCAACAUCUCUUGACAACCGAUGUCGGUGUGUGUUUACGUCCCCAUAACUUAGCGGUUCGGCAAAAGGGACCGAUAGAAUAAGUCCUGGGGUCGAUUUGCUCGACUAAAGGCGGUGCUCCAGCAUGGCCGCAGUCAAAUGACUGAAACAAGUAAAAGAGUAAGAGUAUAAUAGUUAUCUUUGGAACAAACCUAAGUAUGCUGUGAGGUUAAAACUUUGCAUUGCAACUGCAUAAUGGUUCCAAGACUGAUCUCAAUGUAUCGCACUUUCAACAAGUCUCCUACUGUAGCCUCAGGUUAAUCAAAGCCUUGAAUUUAGUUAUGUGGCAAUUGUGCAACAGCCUUUUGAGAAUGUGUGUAUAUGUUGUAAAUAUAUUUAUGUGUGAGAUAGGUGCAGACUUGACUAUUUGGGAAGAAGUUUGCUUCUGAACUACAUGGCACCUUGAUCAAGUGUCUUCUACUAUAGCUCUGGGCUGACCAAAGCCUUGUGAGUGGAUUUAGUAGAUGGAAAGUGAAAGAAGUCCAUUGUAUAUGUGAAUAUGAUGUGUGUGUGUGUGUGUUACUGUCCCCUUGCCUUGACUUUGUAUUGAUAGCUGUUUCCAAUUUUCCAUGAAAACAUGUAUGGUCAUGGUGGAAUAUUACCUUACUUGAAAACGGGUGAGGAAGGGUAUCCAGCUUUAAAAAUUCCAUCCAACCCAUGCGAGCAUGGAAAAAUUGGCAUUAAAACGAUGAUAUAUAUAUAUGUAUAUAGGAGAGAGAUAAAAAAAUAAUGUACCUCUUUUAUUGAUGCUUAACCCUUUUGUUACCAUAUUUUUGCUGAAAUACACUGCCUGUUUUUAAUUGAUUUUCACAUUAAUAAAGAAUUUAAUAAAAUAGCUUUGUCAUUAUUAAGUUGGUGUUUGGAACAUAUAAUUAACACAUUUAGAUAGAUGUUAUAAUGUAUAUUUUUUUGAAACAGCUAGUUUUUAAUCAUAGAGCCAAAAGCAGUGGAAAGAGAAUAAAAAAAAAACAGUGCUUAUAAAUAUGACUAUUGUGUAAUUUGCAAAGACAUUACCUUGUCAUUUUCACCAUCAGAAAUGCAAUAAACCAGUUAUUAGCUCAUUGGAAACUAAAGAUGCUAUGUUGCACCAGUUAGGAUAGAAAAUGUAAUUAAAAUAAACUUCCACGUUUAACACUCAGUAUUACAUUCAGUAAUUCAACGUCAACUAUUCAUAGCUUAACCACAUAUGGCUAAGUGGCUAAGGAGUUAAUUUUGCAACCAUGAGAUUCCAGGUUCAUUCCUCCUGCAUGGAACUUUAAGCAAAUGUAUUAGAGCUUCUGGUUGACCAAUACUUUGUGCGAUUCAAUAGCUGUAAAUUUUAAGUAUGCUGCAGAUGAUAAUAUAGCAUUGUACUCAUAAGUCUGUUCCUAAUACAGCUAAAACUAGAUCAAUGCAAUGCCUCGUUUUUUGGCUUCUUGUAGCAGUCCAUGUUCAUCAUAAAAAAGACCAGUGUUAGCUUUGAAUUAAUCCAACUAUUUGUCUCUCUGGUUCUCCCAGUUCAGAUUUACUUUCUACUUUGCUAAUCAUUGUUGCAAUUUCUGUGAUAGAUUGAGAGCAAUAAUAAACCAGAAAUUGCACAGGAAAUUGUAUUUUAUAUUUCAAAUUAUUUGAUUUUAUUUCAAUUCACAAUAUGUUGAGCAAGUGGUACCAACACAAAGGUUCAAAAUUGACAUUUUAUUUAUUAUUAUUAUUUUUUUUUUUGGUUAAAUUCCAGUUGUCAUUAAUAUGCCUGCCUUUUGUUUAUAAUGACAAAGCAGAUGAUUGUCACUUCAAGUUAAAUCAGCCCUAAUACAAACAUUACCAGACU